AGUAGUACUGCCCUACAAGAAAUGCUAAAGGGUGUUUUCAGGUUGAAAUGAAAAUCAGUAGACACUGGACAGUAACUUAAAACCAUAUGAAGAUAUAAAGAACAUCAGUAAAGGUAACUACAUAAAUAUAAAUCCAGUAUUACUGUAUUUUUGGUGUGUAACUCUUUUUCUUUCCUAUAGAAUUUAAAAGACAAAGACAUAAAAAAUAAUCAUAAAUCUAUAUCAGUGAGCACAUAAUGGAUAAAAAUUUAAUUUGUGACAAUAACAAAAGGGGGAUUCAAGCUGUAUAUAGGCAGACUUUUUAUAUGCUAUUGAAACUAAACAGAUAUCGUUCUUGAGUCUGGGAGCUCAGCCAAGAAUUCAAGACCAGCCUAGGCAACACAGGUGUUGCUGAAAAUGUCAGACUCAAAUUUGGAUAACAGUAAGAAGAAUUUCUUUGAGGUGGAAGCAGAUGAUGAGGAAAGUGUGAUUUUGACAUUGGUGCCAGUUAAAGAUCAACCAAAUAUGGAACAAAUGGAACCAAGUGUUUCAACUUCUGAUGUCAAACUGAAGAAGCCUAAGAAAUACAAUCAAGUUAAUCUACUUCAAACAAAUGAACAAUUUACAGCGCCACGAAAAGCUAGUUGCAAAAUACCAGCCCCUCCGAUGCCGACCAUUUUGCCUCCUAUUAGUAAGGUGUGUCAAGACACUUUGCGGAACUGGUGUCAAGAACUUGGUUUGAAUAUGAAGGGCAAGAAACAACUUUAUCCGAGGCUCCAUGGGCAUGCUUACCCUGAACAACAGCAAGAUAUGCCUGAAAUGUUACAAGAGACCAGAGUACAGCAGUGUUCAAGGAAAAGCAAGGCAGUGACCAAGACAGCAAGGCUUCAGAAAAGUUUUAAGAUGAGUGAGACAGCAGAAGAGACUAAUACAGUUGAAGCGAUAACUUCAGUGCAGGAAGCCAUGUUGGCAUCGUGGGCAAGAAUUUCUGCAAGAGCUGUUCAUCCUAAGGCUGUGAAUUUGUGUUCCAUUCGUGUUUCUGUUGAGGCCUUUUUGAUGCAAGCUUCUGGUGUCAGGUGGUGUGUGGUCCAUGGCCAGCUUCUCUCAGCAGACACAAAGGGUUGGGUACGCCUGCAGUUUCAUGCAGGUCAGGCCUGGGUGCCUACAACUCGCAGGAGGAUGAUUUCUCUCUUCUUGUUGCCUGCCUGCAUUUUCCCAUCCCCAGGCAUAGAAGAUAAUAUGUUAUGCCCUGACUGUGCUAAGAGGAAUAAGAAGAUGAUGAAAAGAUUAAUGACAAUAGAGAAGUAGCAAUGACCUGCUUGAAUACAAUGUACUAGAGAAGGUGGGAUGUACUUUCACACCAUGUACCCUAUUAUGAAGGAAUGGAAGAGGAGACAAUUUGAAUGAAUCAUCCUGAUCUACAAAACAGUCAUAGUGACUAGGACUCCCCAGUGAAGGUGGUUGACUAGUGACACAGCCCCAUCUAAAGAGCCCCUUUCUGUACGCCUGAAAACCCAUUAAAAUAAAGUCACUGCAGUUGGCCUU